GGUAACACCAGACACAGCGGUUUUACAGAGGAGGUGUGAGCGAUGGACCGUUUGGCUGUCUUAGCUACUUUUUCCUUCUUUUUCAUUGCUCUCAGUUUAGCCUCAGCAGCUGACAAUUGUCCACAAGGUUGGAAUAACUUUCGUAGCUUUUGCUACAAAUUCUCAUUCACAAGUUUAACUAUACGUGGCAAAAGCUGGGAGGAUGCUGAGAAUACCUGUCAAUCAUUUGGGGGCCAUCUUGCAAGUGUAACUAGCCAGACAGAACAAAACUUUAUUUCUAGUUCUAUACAGAAAUAUAGUAAUGAUCACUUCUGGAUUGGUUAUAAUGACCGAGCCAAUGAAUCCAAUUUCAAUUGGACUGAUGGCUCUAAUCCAGGUGCAUACAAAAACUGGAGGAGGAAUGAACCUAAUAACUUUAAGAACAAUGAAGAUUGUGUGGAGUUGCUCUUUUCUGAUGGCAAAUGGAAUGAUGAUGAUUGUAAAAAGUUGUAUGGCUUCAUUUGUAAGAUAAAAUCAGGUGUGCCUAUUCCAACGCAGCCCACAUUACAGCCACCAACGACACUAACUCCACUGUUUUGUGAUGCGGGCUGGAAACAUUAUGGAACCUCAUGUUAUAAAUUUAACCUGGUUAGACGUAAAUGGGUAGAUGCAAGAACUGAUUGUCAUCAGUCAGGUGGUUAUCUGGUGAAGAUUGAUGAUUCUGAUGAGCAGCACUAUAUUACAUACACCAUGAAAACAAUAUCACAGAGUAUGUGGAUUGGUCUAAAUGAUCGUGCUGUUGAAGGCAUUUACAUAUGGGAGGGAGAUCUGACUGUCAAGAACUACACAAAUUGGUACUCUGGAGAACCUAAUGACCAUGCUGGUAAUGAAGACUGCAUUGCAAUAUACAAUGGUAUUUUAGCUGGAUACUGGAAUGAUGACUAUUGUGACUUUACAAAAGGAUACAUCUGUGAGAAGCCAAAUGGCCAAAACUUGUGUCCCAUUAACUGGGUGCCUUAUGAUAACUCCUGCUACCAGUUGAACACCCACCCAGGGCAGUCAUUAAAUUGGCAGCAAGCUGUUAAUGCCUGCCGAGUAAUCCAGGGAUCAGAUCUUGUCAGUAUCCACACAUCUGGUGAACAGUUAUUCCUGACCAACCAGCUUAAUGACUUAAAAUCUAAGAAUGUGUGGAUAGGAUUGAAUGAUGUUGUCAAAGAAGGAUCAUUUGUAUGGAGUGAUAGGUCUGCUUAUGAUUACAAGAACUGGGGAAGAAAUGAGCCUGGUACUGGUUGGAGUGGAAUUACCAGAGAUUGCUCACAGCUUAUAGUCGAUUCACAGAAUGGAACAUGGGGAACCACCUACUGUACCAAUAGAAACCCUUAUGUCUGUAAAAUGCCAAGGGUUUCCAUGAAAUGCAAUGCACCAUUUGGCCUCGCAAACUACUUAAUAGGAGACUCUCAGAUCAGUGCAUCAAGCAGUAGAGAUAGCAACUCAUUGCCCAGUCAAGCAAGACUUAUGCUUCAGCCCUCUGGCAGUUUAACAGGAUCUUGGUGURCUGCUAACAACCAGAAGGGUGAAUACUUGCAGAUAGACCUGGGUCUCAACAGACGUAUUGCUCAUCUAGCUCUUCAAGGCCGGCCAAAGUCUACUGACUUUGUGAAAUCGUUUUACAUCACAUAUGGAAAUGAUGGACUCACAUUUAUUACCUAUGGCCAAACUCCAAAACAGAAUUUCAAAGAACUCAAAGGAAAUGUUAAUGCUGAUACCAUAGCAGACAUUAUGCUCAAUGAGCAAAUAAGCGGUAGAUUUAUCAGGAUCUACCCACAGACCUGGAACAACAAUAUUUGUUUGAGGGUAGAAAUCUAUGGAUGUGAAGGUCAAGCAUCUUCAAACAAGUGUGAUAGUGGGUGGGAGGAAGGACCAGACAACACUUGUUACCAGUUCAAUACAAACAUCCUGAAGAUGUGGGCAGAUGCACGUGCUACAUGCCGGAGUCAAAAUGGUGAUCUGUUGAGUAUCGUGUCAAACAAGGAGAGAAUCUUCAUCGACAAUAGAAUAAAACCAUUAGCCAGCUCUGUAAAUUCAAUGUGGAUAGGUUUGAAUGACAGAGAAUCAAGCAAGCUGUUUUACUGGAGUGAUCAAAGUCCAUACCUUGUCACCAGAUGGGAUGCUGGCUAUCCGAAGGAUAAUAACAAUUCUAAGUCAUGCGUUGAGCUUGUACCAAGUCGCGCUGCGUGGAGAGAUGUGGACUGUGGACAAUACAAGCCAUUUGCUUGCAAACGCAAACUGAAAGCAACACAAAACCAACCGAUGUAUUCCAGUACUGCAGAUUGGAUUAGCGCAACUAGUGCCUACUGGCCUUUGAACCAAAUAGUCAAGGGCAAAAUACUUGGAACGUCCACGGGGACUGUAAAGGGAAGUAUCACGCAACCAGACAUACUGCAAAACAGCAAAGAUGUCUUGCAAUUUGCCGGUUAUAACUCUUACAUAGAUGCAGGAGACUUCCCUAAUCAGUGCAUCAGCGAUGCAGAAGCUUGCACUAAAGGUGUAACCGUGUCUUUGAUCAUCAAAUUGGAUACCAAUGCUGCUGGCUGGAGCGGAAAGAUAUUCCUUUUCGAUUCUAUUGGUGACGAGGCAUUUUCCACGUCUAGAGGCUUUGCUAUUUUUAUGCAAAGUAGCAAACUCAAAGUCAGGGUGUUGACCACUAAGAAGUCUUGGACAAAUAAACAGACACUGAGAGCUAAUAUCUGGCAACACGUCACUUUUACGUGGAGUACUGGUGCAGGUUUAAGGCUGUUUAUCAACGGGUUGCAACGAUCUUCAGCUCCUUAUGGAGCCCCCCAGUCUCAUGAUCACACGAACAACAAUGUCGGUGUAACAAUCGGCAGUAAGUCUACCCAGCAAGUCCAAGGCAUUUACUAUAUGCGAGCAUUAGCCGUGUGGAAUAGAGAAUUGAGUGCAGCAGAAAUCAAGGACAUUUACAAUGCAGAAUUCGGCAGCUGCAAAUUUGGAUGGAAAGAAUUUGGUCAAUUCUGCUAUCAAUUUAAUUUUGACGAAAAAAAUUGGGCGGCGGCUCGCUUGGAAUGUCAGAAACGAGGUGGAGAACUGACCAGCAUCAAUUCACCUGUUGAACAAGCGCACAUAUCUCUUGAAGUUGGAAAAUUCGGUCUUGGAAAAUACGCCUGGAUAGGAUUCCACGAUGAAAAUACAGAAAGCGCUUGGGAAUGGUCUGAUGGUACAACUCCUCGCUUCACAAACUGGUACAAUCUUCAACCAGACAACUGGAGAAAUAUUGAACAUUGUGGCCAUACCUAUGGUCAGUGGUGGGCUGCCGGAAGAUGGAAUGAUAUUGGUUGUUACUCCUCUUUUGCCUACAUUUGCAAAAGCAAAAAAGCUUACAUACCCACUGGAGGUGUCACCCCAACAUCGGCACCGACAUCCAAAAUCAUCUGCGAACAGACUUCGAGCUUUAUCAGCUGUCCUUCGCAGACUGUCAUAUCCGUCAAGUCAGCCAACUUUGGACGAACAUCUGCUAACCAGUGUGGCCAAAUUAGUCUCAUAAAUUGUCGCCUUGAUGUACUAACCAAGAUACAAAGCAUGUGUGACGGUAAAACCUACUGCACAAUAAGAGCUGAUGUUAACAUGGCUGGCAGUGAUCCUUGUCCAACUAUUCCAAAGUAUUUAGAGGUCACCUACACUUGUAAAAAAGGUCCAUUAGCUACCCCUGGCUGUCCGGCAGGGUGGGAAAGAUCCCCAGAUGGUAAUGUUUGCUAUGGUCUCAUCUUGGAAAAGAAAAGUUGGUUCGAUGCUCGGGACACGUGCAGAAGUCAUGGUGCCGAGUUAGUUAGCGUUCAUAGUGGAUGGGAAAGUUCAAUAGUGACAAGUCUGUUGGUGACAUCGUGGGACGCCGGUGAUAUAUGGAUUGGGCUGAGUGACUUUAGUCAACGUGGGGUCUAUCGAUGGGCAGAUAACAGCACUGUAGACUUCACUCAUUGGUUUAACAGUGAACCAAACGACAGAGAUCCUAAAGGCAGCUGUGUUCGAGCUACGAUGACGUUUGGUACUAGAGACUGGAUGUAUUGGGUGGAUGGUGACUGUAACAGCAAUCUGGCUUUUGUGUGCAAAAUGUUUAGACGAAAUUUUAUUCCUCCUACAAAGGCGCCUACCACAAUUCCUUCAGGUCCCUGCCCAUCUGGAUGGAGUACCUACAUGUUUGGCUGCUACAAAGUCUUCAUGCAACAGAAAACUUGGACGGCUGCUCGUGAUUCGUGUUUUGGAAUGGGAAGUAAUACUAAUCUCGUUAGCAUUCGCGAUGCAGCAGAAAACAGCUUUGUACAGACCUUAACUAACAACACUUUUGAUACUUGGAUUGGUCUGAAUGAUCGAGGAACCCUGUCAGGUCACAUGUGGAGUGAUGGUACUGCUGUUAGAUUCACUAACUGGGGUCCCGCUCAACCUGACAGUCAUUCUGGUCAGCAGCCUUGUGUAGUACUCAAGUCAACAGGUGUCUGGAAUGACAUAGGAUGCUAUUCGACUAGGCCCUACAUGUGUAAAAUGAGGAGACCUGCACGUGCAACGUCUCCCACACCUUCAACCAAACCUCUAAAACCAACAACACAAGUAUCUGGUAUAUGUGAUCCAGACUGGGUGUACUGGAACCAGCUUUGCUAUCAUUUUGCAAAUGAGUCAUUAUCCAAUCAGCGCUCAUGGUUCGAGGCAAGAGCUCUGUGCAGAAAGGUGCGUGGUGACCUAGUCAGCAUAAGAACUAUGGCUGAAAACCAAUUUCUUACAAGUGAAGUUAAAAAAAGGUACAGAAGUUGGAACAUCUGGAUUGGUCUGAAUGAUCUUGGAUCAGAAGGGGUGUAUACCUGGAGUGAUGGAGCGCCACUGUCGUUUACCUACUUUUCGUACAAGGAGCCUAAUGAUUGGAUGGGAAUGGAAGAUUGUGGUGAGCUGAGCAGAUACCACGGCAAGUGGAACGACCAAAGUUGUGGACUCAAACGACCAUUCAUUUGCCGAAAACACAACAAUACAGUCAUUCCUGCGUUUACAAUGGUUCCACCGACCCCAGGACCUGCGGUUGGUAAAUGCAAACCGGGUUGGGUCAACUAUGACAAAAGCUGCUACAAAUUUGUGUUCAAUCAACUUCAAAACUGGGCCAAUGCUCAGUCAGUUUGUCAGAAUGGAAAUAAUUCAAGUAUGAGUGGCAAUUUGAUUACCAUCGAUAAUGUCUACGAACAAGCUUUUCUAAGCACCAUGAUCAAAGAUUACCAAGGGAAUUUAUGGAUUGGUCUAAAUGACUUGCAUACCGAAGGAACGUACUCGUGGAUCGCUAACGCCCCUGUAACGUACGUCAACUGGGAGAAAGGAAAACCAUCAUAUAACUACUAUGCAGACUGUGUUGCUGUUAAGACGGGAAAAGUGUCGGUAGGUCGCUGGGAUGUUCAAGUGUGUUCGGCUUUCCAAGGAUACAUAUGCGAAGCUGCUGCACUUCCUCUAGGACCCACCCCAGUAACACCAACUCCCAGUAAUGAUUGUCCAGCUCAAUUUAACAAAUUUGGCGACAGCUGCUACAUGACAUCAUAUGUGAAAUCUAAUUGGUAUGAAGCCAAUCAGAAGUGCAAGGCGUACGGUGCCGAGCUCGUCAGCAUUCAUAGCUCCGUUGAACAAGCAUACCUGGURAGAAAUAUGAUCAACUUUGUUGGUGACAUUUGGAUUGGUCUUUCUCGUGAAUUCAACGCAAUUGAGUUCACUUGGUCUGACCAAAGUCCUCAAGAGUACACUCACUGGUCACGUGGACAACCGCGACAAGCAGAAGCUUCCAAGACGUGUGUUCAGGCCAACAAUUCACUGAGUACAGAUGGACGCUGGACGGAAGUAGAUUGUGGAAAAAAGAAUGGAUUCAUGUGUAAAAUAAACAAAGGUGAACCAAGCGUCACUCCCUCUUUGCUGGGGCAAUGUCAGCCAGGCUGGACGAAAUAUGAGAAACACUGUUACCUAAUGAGACCCAAUGACUACCAACCCUGGCCCCAGGCUCGUCUAAGAUGUAUGCGUCAGGGUGGAGAUUUGGUCAGCAUCCUUAAUCGACAAGAGCAAGAUUUUAUUAUCUAUCAACUCAAGGACGCUACUACAACUUCAAACCUAUGGAUUGGUCUAAACGACCGUGGCCUUGAGGGAGGUUACCAGUGGAGUGAUGGAAGUCCUACCUCAUACGUUCCUUGGGAUAAUGGCGAACCAAACGAUCGAUCUGGUGUGGAAAACUGCGUUGAGAUCUACCCACGAACAGGAUUGCUUAAUGAUCAUAUCUGCUCACAAAGAAGAGGCUAUAUAUGUAAGAGCAAACUAGAAUGUUCUCUUCCCCUGGGCAUGAGUGGAGGUAACAUCACUGAUUCACAGCUGACAGCUUCAUCGACGCUUGACGCUGAUCAUGGUCCAACUGCGGCUCGACUAAACGGCAGUAGUGCUUGGUGCGCUAAUGCUUCUAUCCCUAACAAUUAUAUACAGGUCGAUUUUCUUAGCAAAACCCGUGUGUCGAAGAUAUCUAUCAAAGGAGGCAAGGGAGGCAGCAAAAACGUUCCUCUAGCAUCUUACAUUCAAACAUUUACACUAACAUAUGGCAGCUAUCAGAAUCGAUGGAUUAACUACAUGACUGGUAACCAGCCUAAGAUAAUUUCAGCUAAUAUCGAUGCCAACUCAGUAGUGUCUGUUGCUCUUGAUCCACCAAUCGAUGCUCGUUUUAUCCGUCUAAACCCAAAGUCAUGGGUUAAUAAUAUUUGCGCCAAAUUAGAGUUCUAUGGAUGUGCAUUUGAAUGUCAAACACCAUUAGGUAUGGAGAAAGGACGAAUCAAAGUCCCUCAACUUAAGGUAUCUUCAUCAACUGAUGGUCAUGAAGCCGCAGAAGCUAGACCUACCGAUAAGGCGUGGUGCCCUGUUGCGACGGACAAAAGUCCUUGGAUACAGGUCAUCUUUCCUGCAAUCCAGAAAAAAAUCAGCCAAAUCUCGACAUGGGGAGCGGGUGUAGGAGGUUCUGGUUACGUCACGAAAUACAAGCUUUCUUAUAGUGACGAUGGAGACACGUGGGUAGAUUAUACAGAAAAGGGCAUAGUCAGGGUUUUCAGGGGUAACAAUGAUCUUAACAGUCCAAUGAAUCACAUUCUGGGAGAGCCAAUCAUCACCCAGUUCUUCCGCAUUAAACCGCUGGCUGGKGGUACUGGAGGCAUGUGUAUGCGUUUUGAAAUCUACGGCUGCGAAAAUGGUUGCCUAGACCCUCUUGGGCUAGAGAAAGGUACCAUAGAGGAUUCCUGGUUAUCAGCGUCUUCAUCCCUUGACACUUCUCAUACACCUGAAAUGGCUCGUCUUAACGCCCCACGGGGCUGGUGUGCAGCCAGUAAUACUAUCAAGGAAUAUUUAGAGAUUGAUCUAAGUCAACUCAUGCGAGUAAGACGUAUUUCUACCCAGGGAUCUGCUGAAGGAUAUGUCACAUCGUUUACCGCCAGCUUUUCACGUAAUGCGGGUAUGAAACGGAAAAAUCUCAUGUUCAACGGUGCUAUAGCGGUAUUCCCCGGCAACACAGAUGCAACCAGUAUCGUAUCAACAACAUUUCCAAAGAUAGUAUUUGCUCGUUACUUUAGAAUUAACCCCAAGAAAUGGUUCAAUAAAAUAUGUUUACGAGUGGAGCUCUAUGGAUGCGUACCAUAUAUCCGUCCUACUCCAUCAGUUUCACCAACGAACGCACCAGCUGUAGAAAUCGUGUUCAAAGUCUCGAUGAGACUCACUAAUGUAGAAUGGAGAGAUGAUUACACCAACAAAAACACUACAGAAUAUAAAGCAUUAUCUACCCGAGUCGUCACUGAGGUUAGAAGUAUAUACACAGGAACUAAAUCAUUUAGUAAAGCAAUGGUUACUGGAUUCAGGCGUGGCAGUGUUAUUGUGGACUUCCGUCUCGUUUUUAUUGGUGAUGCUACUCAGACAUCAGGAGUUACAGAUAAACUUAAGCAAGCUGUAAAAUCAGGUCGAGUUGGUGAUCUAGAGGUUGAUCCUAAUAGUUUUAACAUCACUAAGAUAGACGGAGGGAACGCCAAACCGCAAAGCGGAGGUCGUUCAAGUGGUUUGUCAUCAGGAGGAAAAGCCGCCAUUGCUGUUGUCUUUGUAAUCUUGGCCAUAGCUGCAGGAGCUGGAGCUGCCUGGUACUACUUGAAGAAAAGACGCUGUUCACAGUCUAUCUUCAAACAUCACCAAUUCGACAAUCCCAUCCACUUCUCGUCCAAAGCCUACGAUAUGGAUGGUUAAUGAUAAUAUCUUGAUCUUCCUAUAGUAAAGUAUUUUUAGUCUACAGACUGCAAGGUUUUUCAAUAUUUUUUAUAAAAAUGCUUAUCAAAAACUCGUAAUGGGGUUGAAAUGCGUAACAGACAUACAUUUCUUUUGCACGAUGCUCUGGAAUAUUCAACUUUUUUAUCCUCACAAAUUUCUUUCCAGUAAAUCACAUCCUCUUACUUCAAAAACUCCCAAACUGAAUUAAAGACAGAUAUCUCAAUUGUUUGGUUGAGAGAUUCAGUUAACCUCUUCUGAAAGUCAAGAAAUUCAGCGAGAAUUUUGAUAUAUGAGAGAAGCGGCCAUCUUGAAAGCAAACUCAUAAUUCCAAAUAUGUUAUCAACAUUCCUAAUUUGCAUAUCUGAAUAUUCCCGAAUGAGGUCCUAGUUUCACACGUUUCAACCCCCGCGCACGCUUUUCCGGUUACUAUUAACUAAUCAGAAGCAUUUUUGUUGCAUUACCAAAACUUCCAUGAUGAAUUUCAAAAUGAAGUCGUAUUUCAAGUUAACUUUUUUUAAAUACAUCCUGAAAUAUAACUUUACAUUAAAAAAUUAUAUGUCACAUGUACCGGAAAAGAUUUCUUGCCCUAUCAGCAAUUAAAAUUAAUAAAAACAAAAUAAAUGCAAUAAAAGUAAGCAAAAUCGGGUUUUUCCUAAUUAGUCACCAGCCGCCAUUUUGAUUUAUAAUAGCGUGAGAUAUUAUGAAAUAGGAGACUGGGUAUUAGGAACUGUUCGAUUUGACUAAUAAUCCUUUGUGCUCUUCGAGRCGAGUUACCUGGAUCCCAUACCAUUCUUAUGAUUUGGCAUGUGCGUUCAGCACUCGUGAUCAUAAUAAACAUAAUCCUGGCUCCUUUUUUAUUAUGUAGUAUUUCAUGAAGCAACAAGCCACAGGUUGCGAGAUUUUUUUGUUCGUCCUGUUAAUUUGGGCUUGUCUGUUUAGGAAAUUAUUUUCGUUUUUYGUUUUCUUUAUCUUAUAAAAAUUGACUUAUAGACCAUGAGGGCGAUAAGUCUUAGUGUUUUAUAUCAACCUACAAAUCGGUCAAAUAAAUGAAUACAAAAAAAUUAAAAUUAGAGUUAUUUUCAAUAUUUUGGUUGUCAAAAUCGGCAGUUUUCGCUACUAGUGGUCUAUCACUAAUAGCUCAGCCAAUCAGAGUGCAGGAUUUGUGAUAGACCAUUAGUAGUUUAAGCUGAUACUAAUUAGUUAGUCCAAUUUAUUGUGUGCACUCGUAUUGAUGAUCCCAUGGAAAAUAUUCUGAAUUAUAAUUAAAAAUUAUAAAAAAUUAUAUUAUUUGACACUGCAAAAUCAAGCACAGAUAUUUAAAAGAAAAAAUGCUGAUUACUAAUAAUUUUUGGUACAUUAAAGAGAACUAGUUAUGUUAUAGCCAUGUAUCGCUUUCGUAAUUGACAUGUAACAAAUUCAACUGACAAAUUAAAAUAAAAACGUGAUUAUUCA